AUGGGCGGCUCUAAGAGCACCAACGCCUCCAUUCAGGCUUAUCUGACACCAGUCACCUCUCCAGUCAAAUCUCCGGCUGUAGAGACACCUGUGGGCGAUGGCUUCACUGCCGAGGAACUUCAAGAAGCUCUCAAACCCAAAGCCCAAGAGACAUGGCAUCCGGACUUCGAAUACAUGGACAUGGAGAUCAGCGACCUCAUCGCAGGCCCAAAGGCCGUGACCUUCAUGGGACGAGUGGCUAAUAUCUUUGAUGUUGCCAACUCAUCCCGGACACCACGCUCCGCGAAAGGUUGCGUGAAGCUGUGUGUGAAAGACGGCAGUGGUGCGAUCACAGUCCGUCUGUGGUAUGCAACACGCUUGCCAAAUAUCCGCAUUGGCUCUCUUGUGUCUGUCUGGGUCAAUCACAUCAGCAAUGGCGAGAAUGGAACACUAUCAAGCUCAAGUGCACCACUAUUCACUUCAAUCUUUCCUGAGCGCGACCGGAACUGUCAUAUCAUGCUACACGAGAACAGCGACGACGGCAAGAUGUAUCGUACGCCGCGUGAAUACAAAGACAACGUACCCAUCAAUCGCCUCAUGACUCUAGAGACAUUCAUGAACGGAGGCUACGAUGUGGUCGAUGCAAAGUUGCUCGUGGUCGUGAAGAGCAUUGGCGCGAAGAAGAAAGUGACCCGCAAGGACGAAAGCGUCACGGAGAACUUGAACCUACAAGUCCACGAUGAUACUGGUGAAGCUACGCUAGGCUUAUGGGGAACUUCGGCAUCCUCUCCUCUCGCAACCCAAGCUCUGGAGCACAGCGAUGCGUCAAACAAUACCGCGAGAGAAUGCUGGAAGCCAGGAGAGACGGUGUUGCUCCUCCAAGCACCAGGUUGGAAAAUUGGACGCAACAUCUAUCUAAGCCUCACCUCCGCCACAAUCAUCGACGUUGAUCCAGCCAUUCCAGACGCAGCUUGGCUACGCAAAUGGGCCCUCCGGCUUCGCACCCGCGAAGCUAUCAAUCCGCCUUUCCCACAAGAUAUCUUCUCAGCCGACGAUGUCCGCGGAAGCUCGCUGCGCUGCUUAUACACGAUCGGCGACCUGGAUGAACUCGCACGAUGCUCUCAGCCAAUUGAAUCAACCAUCUUCCAAGGAUACCUUAGUCUCCUCAUCACAGAGUUCAAACUACUAGACUAUUGGAAACGCCAGAUGCUCCUAUCUGGCGAAUGCUGCAGCAUCCCGAUCUACGCAAAUGCUCUGACAGCGAAAUGCAAAGGCUGCGACAAACAAGUCACUCUACGCCUCAAUCCGAGGAUUGUCGGGCAAGUCAUUGACGAGACAGGCGCUGUAGCCUGCGGGAAAUUGCUUUUCAGCGACGAGGCAUGGAGAGAUCUUUUAGGGAGAGGGCCAGAAGAUCUACUGAGAAUGAAAGCUGAGGAGAUCGAGUAUCUUCAUCAUCGCAUUCUGUUCACUCGGGUCACAUUACUCUUUGGCUGGUCAGGAGAUGAGACGGUGGCUGGCGGGAGGAUUUGCGUGCUUGCGGUCGAGGAGUGAGACGAGUCGUUGGCUGCCAUCUAUGACGAUGUUUCGAGCGGUG